AUGUUUACUCAAUUUGAAACUUUCCCAGUUCAAUCUACAACAGCCAUGCUUGUGUAUAUUGGACUAUUUGUAUCCAUUGUCUUCUUCAUAUUCUUCUGGAGUAGUAGACGCAAUGGAAAUAAAACUUUACAAAAAUGGCCAAUCAUUGGCAUGCUACCUGCUAUUCUGCAAAAUCUGUCCAAUAUCCAUGAUUAUACAACCUUAGCUUUGAAACAAUAUGGAGGCACUGCACUGUUUGAAGGACCCUGGUUCUCAAACUCCUCCUUCAUCAUCACCAGUGAUCCCAUGAACGUUCACCACAUCACAAGCAAGAAUUUUGGCAACUAUGGAAAAGGAUCCAAUUUCAAUGAGAUUUUCGAAAUUUUUGGAGGUGGGAUUUUCAAUGCUGAUUUCCAUGCAUGGAAACAAGAGAGGACAAUACUCCAUUCGUUGCUUAGAAGGAAAAGCUUUGAGAUCUUCCUUCAACAAACCAUUCAGAAGAAGCUGGAAAAUUGCCUAAUACCAUUUCUGGAACAUGCAUCCAAAGCUAGAACUGAGUUGGACUUGCAAGAUGCCUUUCAGAGGUUCACCUUUGACACCACCUGCUCCAUUGUGUUUGGAUUUGAUCCUAAUUGCCUCCCAAAAAGUUUCUCUGAGCUCUCUCACUUUGCUUAUGAGAAAGCCUUAAUUGUGAUGGAGGAUGUAGUAUUCUACAGGCACAUCAUUCCAAGGUGGUUAUGGAAGCUGCAAGAAUGGCUCCAAAUAGGUCCAGAGAAGAAGUUCAAGGAAGCCAAGGAAAAUUUUGAGAAAUUCUUGCAUGAAUGUAUUGCAUCUAAACUUGAAGAGAAAAGAAGAUGCAACAGCACCAAAGAAGUGGAUGAAUCUCAAUAUGGCCUGCUAAGAGGGAUACUGGAGGAAAGAGCUGAAAAGGGUCAAGUAAUGGAUGACAAGUAUAUUAGAGACACUGCAUUUGGUCUUGUUGCUGCUGGAAGUGGCACUGUUAGUGCAGGUCUCAGUUGGUUCUUUUGGCUUGUUUCAACUCACCCACAUGUGGAAGCAAAACUUCUUCAAGAGAUCAGAGAUAACUGUCUAAGCCAAGAAGGAAAUUGGGUUGUUCCAAAUGUGGAAAAGUUUGGUAAGCUAGUUUAUCUUCAUGGAGCUGUAUGUGAAACCUUGAGGCUUUUUCCUUCUUUGCCAUUUGACCACAAGUGUGCAAUUAAAUCUGACAUACUCCCCAGUGGAGAUCAUGUUAGUCCCAAUACAGUGAUAUUGUACUCUUUGUACGCAAUGGGAAGGAUGGAACAAAUAUGGGGUGAUGACUACUUGGAAUUUAAGCCUGAGAGAUGGAUAUCAGAAAGAGGAGACGUUGUACACAUACCAUCUUACAAGUUCAUAGCCUUCAAUGCUGGACCUAGAAGUUGUUUGGGUAAAGACAUUACCCUUAUUGAAAUGAAGAUGGUUGCAGCUACUAUACUAUGGAAGUUUCACAUGCAGGUGGUGGAUGGUCAUCCUAUUGCCCCAAGGCUUUCUGUUGUACUUAGCAUGGAACAUGGCUUGAAGGUCAAAGUUACUGAAAGAUGCAUUUCAUAG